AUGAUUGGAUUGUCAUUGUCAAAGCGGUGUGGGUAUGUGGUUGUUUGUUGUAUGUAUUACUUAUUUCUAUUUUCCUUACUACAUUAUGUUAUGACUUACGACAAUAAUAAAGUUAAAGGAAUACAGGUUAUCGUAUUCACCCCGAUACGAUUUAAUACACAGACUCAAGUACUGUUCAUCAAUAAUAAGAGUAAAAUAUAACCUAUAAAAACAACACAAUGUCCAACGAAGUGAAAAUUGGUGAUUACAUUGUAAUCCAAAAGCAGAACUAUAAAAAACUACACAAGUUCAAUAAGUCUGAUUCGUCCAUUAGCUUGGGAAGAGACACUAUUAAUUUGAAAGGGGUAGAGGGAUCACCAUAUUUCUCAGUAUUCAAAAUGAUUCCUAAAACUACUAAGAAAAAUAGAGAAUUUACUGUAGAAUUAGCAGAAGAAGCAGUGAAACUAAAAGACGAGAUUGACAUUAAAGUUUCUGGUUAUGACAACAGAAAUAUAAUUGAUGAUGGACGCUCACAAAAGUUAACGGCUGCAGAUAUAGAGACAUUAAAGAGUGAUUCAAAUAAAGCAUCAGAUAUUGUUGAAACAUUAAUCAGUAAUUCCAAUACUUUUCAUAAUAAAACUGAAUUCUCUCAAGAUAAAUAUUUAAGGAAAAAAGAAAGAAAAUAUUUUGAAUACUUCCAAGUAUUAAAGCCAAAUCUAAGGAUUAUCAGUGAAAUUAUGUACAAACUAGAACCAAAUAAAAUUCAAAACCUGAGGUGUGAUACAUUAUCACAGAUUAUAACAUUGGUUAAUAUUCACUGUGAAGGGAAUCAUUUGUUAUAUGAUUCUGGAUCAAAUGGCUUACUGGCUGCUGCACUUUUGAGUGCUAUUGGGGCAAGCACAAAUGGCAGGCUAGUACACAUGCAUCCUGGCAACAUGUCACAGAAACAAGCACUGUUAGCUAUGAACUUCCCUGAAGAGCAGAUGAACAGAUGUAUUUCUGUUAAUGUAUACUCUGCACUCCGACAAUUCUAUCAAGGAUGUGAUACUAAUACUGUCAGUCCAGUACAAGAUGAAAAUAGUGCUGAACAAAACUCACUGAAGAGAAAGAAUGAUGAUAAUUCAGAAGAGUGCCAAGCUAAGAAAAUUAAACAGUCAGAUAAUGAGGAUAAAACCGAUGUAAAUACUGAUGUUAAUAUUGAACAGCCAAGAGAAAAUAAGAAGCCAAAAUGGCAUUUCGACAAUAUAGCUGCAUCAGAUAUACUACAUAAAAAAAUGGAUUCGUUAGUUAUAGCUUGUAAAGAAGAUCCACAAAAUAUCUUUAAUGAAUUAGUGGCCUUUGUGAAGCCUGGUAGACCGUUUGUGAUCUAUUACAAUGUUGCAGAACCAUUGCAACAGUUAUUUAUGACAUUGAAGACACAAAGCAAUGUGGCUGCUCUGAAGCUAACAUGCAACUGGAUGAGAAAUUAUCAGGUGCUGCCAGAUAGAACUCACCCAGAUGUCCUAAUGAAUGCAUCAAGUGGCUUUUUGUUAACUGGAUAUGUUCUCAAAUGAUAAUAUUUUUUGGUUAAUAUAAAUGUAAAUAAAAUGAAAUACAAAUCUUUUAUAAAUUUA